CUGCUUUCCAUGAGUCUAAAAAUAAACAUUUGGACAUUUGCCAGUCCUGCGCUGCGCUCGCCCUCCCUACCCGUGUGUUGUUGGUUACUAAGCAACGUAUGCGCGCCACAUAAGCUGCGUCAUUUCCUGUGUAGGGGCGCAUCGGAGCUUGUUCAGUCGAUCCUCUCCGACAGCUGAAGGCUGGACGGCGACUGUUGAGCUCUGUCCUGCUGUUUUAUUUAUUUUCGCUGUAAUGCAACGAAUAACUCUACAACCUGUUGGAUGUUCUGGCUUUGGAAUACAGCAGGUGCUUUCCAAGGAGCUAAAGAGCUUUGCAACUUUACUUUUGCGCAUUUGAGCUUGCCAAAAGAAAAGCAACUUUACGUUGUAGUUCUGGUGCCAUAACCUCAAAACAAGAGACGAGAGGAUUAAUGAAUUUGCAAGUUAUACGUUACGCUUUAAAAUCUAUGAAUGGGAACGCAAGGGUUUGAUAAUGGUCAAUUUGGAGCUUUUGGGUUUUAGGUGGAGAAUCCGAACGUAAGGGAUUCACAGUUGACGGAGACAUUGGAGAAGCUCUAGCCACUUGACCCUUUUAACGAAAACGAGACGCAUCGCGGCUUGAAGCCACUAUUGCUGGAAAGGGCUACGGUGAUCGAUGCCACCCGUAUGACGGGUAACAUCAGGGUACCGACGCGCAAUGCGCCGGUUCACAUACUCAUGUAGACUCGGCACCGCAAUGCUGAUCGUACCUCUCCACUUCAUCGUGGCUCUGUAAUCCAUGCAAAGGGCGAGAGGAUGAGCACAGACCUAGAGCGCCUGUCGCUGAACUCUUCCUCGGGUAACUCUGUGGCGUCCAGUGCGCGCACCUUAUCAGCCAACGUAAAGAAGCUUCACAACGCGCUCAACCUGCUGCUCAGCGAGUUCGAGAGAGAGCAGUUCAUCCACUGCCUCAACGUAUACCACUCCAAGCGCAAUGUCUACGAUUUGGUCCAAACCCUCAAAGUCAUACUCAACGUCCCGAGCAAGCGUCAGCUUUUGCCCAUGCUGCGGUUGGUCAUCCCGCGCUCGGAUCAGCUUCUCUUCGAUCAAUACACUUCAGAGGGUCUCUACUUAAAAUCCGACGCCCUUGCGCGAAAUGGUGACCCGGAAGGUGCCCACGAUGGCGCUAAUUCGAGUCCAACGCAAGGGGCUCAUUUCCCGGCCCAUUCAGUGGCUUUGCGCGCCUCCCCUGACAACAUCAGCACCAGCAGCGACGGGACAGCGAAUCUUAUUCCUCUAUUGGGCAAGAAUUUCUUACCGGAGCCCCCUGGUGAGAUCCGACAGGUGACCCUUAAGCGCCACAAGAGCAACGAGGGUUUGGGAUUUAGCAUUCGCGGAGGCUCCGAGCACGGGGUCGGGAUCUAUGUGUCACUGGUGGAACCGGGUUCCUUGGCGGAAAAAGAGGGUUUGAGGAUAGGAGAUCAGAUUAUGAAAGUGAACGACAAAGUGUUUGAUCGGGUCACGCACGCAGAGGCGGUUAAGGUGCUGAAGGGAAGCAAAAAGCUCUCCAUGUCAGUGCGGUCCGUGGGGCGGAUCCCAGGCGGCUAUGUCACAAAUCACGUUUAUACUUGGGUCGAUCCACAGGGCCGCAGCGUGUCACCUCCCCCUGACUUGCUGGUGGAGCAUCGCAGCGCCACACUGCGCCGGACCAACAGUCAGGGCCGGAGUCACAUGCAACUCCUGCAGGACGGCGAUGAGAAGAAGGUGAAUUUGGUGUUGGAUGAUGGACGUUCUUUGGGUCUCAUGAUUCGUGGUGGGGCUGAAUACUCUCUGGGCAUUUACAUCACAGGAGUGGACCGAGGGUCUGCAGCAGAGUGUGGUGGAUUGAAGGUGGGGGAUCAGAUCCUGGAGGUCAACGGACGAAGUUUCUUUGGCAUCCCGCAUGACGAUGCCGUGCGAGUGCUGAAGUCUUCUCACCACCUGAUGAUGACGGUAAAGGAUGUCGGGCGACUGCCGCACGCCCGCACCGUAGUGGGCGAGACCAAGUGGAUUGCAAGCUCACAGAUCACAGAAAGUUCAGCUAGCAGCAGUGUUACAGGACUCUCUCUGGACCAGGGAGCAUCAGCAUCAGGAAAGGCUGGUUUUUAUAAAGGUAUGGCAGGUUCCCAAGUCACUCUGUCUAGUCUGGUGAACCAAAGCAGGGCGAUGCUGGAGGAACAAUCCAGACAUCUACUGACUGAAACGGAGAGGCAAACGAUGGGUUAUUACAUCCAGGAGUAUCGAGACGGUCAUGUCGGCGUGGAGCAGCUCGUAAUGGCGCUUUUUGAGUUACUCAAUACACAUGCCAAGUUUUCUCUGCUGUCUGAAGUCAGGGGACUUGUGACCCCUCAAGAUGUGGAGAGGUUUGACAGUCUGGUUCUGAAACGAGAGAUUGAAGCUCUGAAGGCCAGACACGGAGGUGCUGGAUUUCAGGACUCCUUCUCUAUGGUGUCAUACCCCGACACUCUGGCUUCAUCCUCGGCCAGCUAUAUGACCAACACGACCCUCAGCUCCGCAAGGAACGAAAGUAUGACAGAGAACAACGGGGAACAAUCUCUCGAGCAGAGCAACGCCCUGCCUGACGUCUCUCUGGAUGAGGUACAAUCCACCUCAGAGUCCCCUCCCUCUUUUAAACCACCUCCUCCCCCAGGGGCUCAACGCCGCCCGGGUCGAAAAGCCACACUUAGUAAACGACCAUCUUCCACCUCAACCCAAUCAGGCUUAUAUUUCACCGCCCCUUCUCGCACACAGACCAAAGAACCCAAACACUCCAAACCUCACCCCAAAACUGAGGUCCUGGUAUCUCAGUUGUCAGUCGUAAGCCAGCACCCUAUCGGGCCUUUCCCACGUGUCCAGUCUCCCAGCAAAGUAAAGCCACCUAUCCAAACCCGAUCUAUGGCACCGCCACCCGCUCCAAGUGUUCCUGCACCCCCUGGGCCUCCACCCCCAUGCCCUGAUAAACCCGCCCCUUCCUCUCCAGCACCCAAUCAGCACUUUGUCAUGGUUGAAGUGCACAGGCCUAAUGCAGAACCAGAUGUGAAUGAAGUGCGACCGCUGCCACAGGCUCGAGGAGGGACAUUGUCUCAGCUCUCGGACAGCGGACAGACCCUCAGUGAGGACAGCGGUGUGGACAUCGCAGAAUCCGGAUGUGUUAGUAAGGACAGCAGCCCGCGUCCAGCUCGGCCCAGAACCCAACAGGAUGGGCACGGAAAAGAGACGGCUGCCAAACCGCCUGGCCUGCUGGAACCAACCUCUGCUUUGGUGCGAGUGGCAAAAACCGCCAGUACGCUGGGCAUCGCAAUAGAAGGGGGAGCGAACACACGUCAGCCUCUCCCACGUAUCGUUACCAUACAGAGAGGUGGUUCAGCCCAUAACUCUGGACAACUGAAGGUGGGUCAAGUAAUCCUGGAGGUAAAUGGAGUUUCACUCCGAGGAAAAGAACAUCGGGAAGCAGCUAGACUCAUCGCGGAGGCCUUUAAAACCAAAGAGAAGGACUACAUUGACUUCUUGAUCACAGAGUUAAAUGUGGCUCUAUAGGACCCGUUCAAUCCCCAUGAACUAUUAAAGAGCUCUGGGACCCAGCGAGAUGUCUUGCCAUGAUUAACCCCUAGAAUCCUGUUAUAUAAUAGACAUCCAAUCACCUUUCGCUGUGAUGUUUGAAACCAGACAGUGUUCGAAAGGCCAUCCUGCGUGAAUCAACCCCCUGUUGACCUUUUCGAAGGCAAAUGCCAGGACGGAGGAAAAGUUCAGGUUGUUCUGGGCAGUGUGUUCAAGAAGAUGAAAUCAUCUUUCCAGUCACUUUAUUCUUUAUCAGCCUCUGUAAUAAAUUCGGUCACGUGACUGUAAUACAGCGAGAGGCUGUUGAAUACGGGGCUUUGAUCUGUGCACUGUUUGAGAUGCAACGUCUUGUCCAGGGAUUGAGCAAGACACAAGAAAAGCAUUACAGUUUUUUUAAUCAUAGCUAUUUUAUAAAAAAUGUAUUUAAAUAUAAAUAUAUACAUACAGAAUAUAUUUAAAAUGUAAGUGGUGGACAUACUAUUGACCAUAUUAAAUAGUGACUAACCCUACAGAAAUAAGAACUACAAUGCUUCUCACUACAGAAUAUAUAUUUGCUUUUUUAGCUAGUCGGUUUCAGUUUUUGAUUGAAUUGUUUUGCAGCAUUAUGCAGUAAUUACCCAUUUGUGACAAUUAACCACUGGGACAGAAAAUGCCGGAGUGUUUAGAGACAACAGCUCUGUUCCAAAACCUAGUGAGCGGCCUACAUAAUCAAUGUUUUAUACGCACUCCUGCUACGGCUGUUAGAGAAGGCGAUACCUUGUUAUUGUCAAAUUCCAAGGCGGCAUCACGUAUCUUUUCAGGAGAAGGCAAUCCCAUGAUACAUUGCGGCAAGUAAUAUAUAUGUACUUCUAAUUCAUUCAGUAGCAAAAAGCAAGUAACGCUUUUGGGUAAAACCAGAAAGUCUCUUAAAUCUCAGAGGUAAGCUUAUAAUAAUAAUUUAUCAUUUGAACUGUUGGGUUGGAUUUCGUGUCAGUUUGACUUCAACCAAUAUACAGUGAAUAUAAGUACGCAAACUGAAGCUUUUAAGUUAUUUGUACACUGUCAAAAAAGUAUGUUAUAAUUGUUUUACCUUUUUGUGUACAAUACUCCACCCUAAGGAACUAUUGUGUACCAGUUAAAAGAUUACUCCACUUUAAAAAAAAAAAAAUCCCAAUAAUUUACUCACCCCCAUGUCUUC